AAGUUUUGUAGACUCGACCCUUUGCUAAAAUGUAAAAAAAUUGCGUCGUUUAAGAGUGCAAAUAUGAAUUGAGUUAUUGUACACGCAGACUUCAGAGUAUGCGUUCCCCAACUGGGAAAUGUACGCUAAAACGCGCCAAUAAGAUUGCGCUAGCUCGUACUUGGCUCUGCCCACUAUGGCUCAUUUGUUCCAAUUUGAAACGACAGGCUGUGGUCUAUCUUGGUUUAGUUAUAAAAUGUAUUUGGUGCCAGUGCGGCUCGGUUCAGUUGGAGGUUGCAACAUGUUGAAAAUAAUAACGUGACUUGUAAAAAAAAAAAAAAAAAAAAAAAACGCUUAAUGAUGUCCUGGUUCUUCCAUGUCAAUCAAGGCUCAAACCAGCAGCCCCCUGUCAUGAUGCCCCCAGCUGCUGGUGCCCUGUCUAGCAACACACACUAUCCGACAAUCAGUAGCAACACACUGGAUACAGCUAACACUGCUGGGCAGGGUUGGCUCUGCACACAGUCCAGUUCGUCUUCACCCAGCCUGGCAGACUUUCCGUCAGUACCACAGGGUUUAGUGCCUCCCAGCUUGGAGAACCUAUCUUGUACCUCUCUGAAGUCAGCGGCAGGCAGAGAGCCCCUACCACUCUCCUACGUAACUCUUCAGGAGCAGCGUUGUGUAUUGAGCUGGUUCUUGAGCUGGAGCACUGCCCAGAGGGAAAGGUUUCUGCAGGACCUGUUGGGGAAAGCUGUGCCAGGGAAAGUGUGUACCCUCCUCGAGUCGCUCAAUACGCUACAGGUUAAGGACAGCCCACCAAAUAUUUUUGAGUGCCAACUGCGCCUCUGGACCCAAUGGUUUGAGUCAUGGAAUGAGGAGGAGAGGAACAGUUUCCUGCACAUUCUAGAAGAGAGAGACCCAAUCUUUGUUGCCCACUUUUACAGAGGUGUAGCUGGGACAGCAGGCAGGGAUUGAGGGAUACAGGAGAAGAGGGUGUAGAAUGGAUUGGCAAUGCGUGGGUGGAAGACAGAAACAAGUUAGGUUGGAGUGGUACAUAGGGAAGCAUAUGUGUGGAGACAGUGAAGAACAGCCCAGUGGUUAAGAGCAUUGGGCUAGUAACUGACAGGUUGCUGGUUCGAAUCCCUGAGCCAACUAGGUUAAAAAUGUUGAUGUGCCCUUGAGCAAGGCACUUAACCCUAAUUGCUCAUGUAAGUCAUUCUGGAUAAGAGUGUCUGCUAAAUGACUAAAAUAUAUGUACAAUCGUUUUCUGGCUAGGGCUGAGAUGAAUCUAGUAACAUAUGAGAAAGCCCUUAUAGUAUUGAUACAUUCUGUUGACCACAUACUUGAGGGUAUUACAGAAGAUGGACUGAAUAAGGUGAACAUAUUUAUUUAAUUCUCUAUUACCAAACGAAUGGAUAGAUGUAAUAUCCUUAUUGAUCAACCUUUUUCCUCUUCUCUCAGUGCAGUUACACCAUGGCUGUGUUCAGGUAAAAUGGAGUGAGUGUAGACUAGAGGUAGAUAAAGUCAGAGGCCAGGUCCAAUUCUGUUACCAGUGGGAAUGCUUCUACUUCUGUAAUGAUCUUGAACAGUUUUUCUACAAUGCCAGAAAUAAAAUGCCAUUUCAUAGA